UAUAGUGUUACCUUUCCGCUCUUUCGUCAUGGACAAGCAAGGUGGACCGGGACGAAAGUAGACAGAAGUGCGCCUUCGGAUGAUCUCAAAUUUCCCUGGCCUAUUCCGACGAAUCCAUCGCUGUUCUACAAAAUAAGGUCGUACAUAACUAUUAGCUUAGUUGCAUCUCUGUCGAAACUGCUCUUCAUUGGAGGUGAGCGCAUGUUUUGCUGCUUUAGUUCCGGAUUAGUUGGGAACUUUGAAUUAUUUUUAGGUGCCAAUAAACUGAAUGUUCACAAUAGGGAGCGGUUUCUUAGUGCGUGGGAAGAUCGAUCACGACCACUAAUAACGGUGUCGAAUCAUAGGUCUAACAUCGAUGAUCCUGUAAUGUGGUCCUUCACUACUUGUCGUGAAAUGUGGAAAAAUAUUGAUCGACAUCGUUAUAUCUUAACGGCCCAUAACAUCUGCUUUACGAAGAAGAUACAUACCGCGUUUUUUGCACUUGGUCGAUGCGUGCCUUGUGUACGAGGGAAAGGUGUUUAUCAAAAGGGAGUGGAUUUCUGCGUGGACAGAUUGAAUGAGAAUGGUUGGGUACACAUGUUUCCUGAAGGGCGCGUUACAGCGAAUGCUCUACGGUUCAAAUGGGGCGUGGGUCGUUUGAUCAUGGAGACCAUUAUUCCUCCAAUGGUUAUUCCUAUCUGGUGCUCAAAUAUGGAUAAGAUUUGGUCUGAAAAACCGCCAUACUAUCCACGAUAUGGGCAUACAGUUGACGUUCACAUUGGUGAACCCAUCGAUUCGACGACUCUCCGACAAAUUUCCUCUCAAAAACCUUGGAGCGAAAAGAGAAGAAGGAAGUUUAUAACGGACGCUAUUCAGAACGAACUUUUCAAAUUGGGGGAAAGUGUCGGUAAUUUACCUGAGGGGACCGCUCUGCGUAUUCUAAGAGGAAACUGUGGUAAUAAUUUGUGA